UACUGGCCGUGUCAGCCUGUCAGGGCUGGAACCGGUUAGCCCGCCCAAAUGAUGGCGACCUCUAAAUCAAGUAGCAAAACGUUUGAGACACGAAGGAUAAAAUGGAGCGAAAUUCAACUUGAAGCAGAAAAAGCACAAAAACUCAUCAACUACCAGAAAAAUCACUGACCUCACCUCAGCAGCUUUGCUAAAAGUGAAGUACUAAGCAACUGUAUAGAUCCUCUAGUCUUUCCCAACUCAACUCCCUUGCUUCAAACUCAUCAUCAAAAUCAAUCUCAAUCUCUUUCUCUCUCCUUAAUAAUAAUGCCAUUUCCUUCUUCCUCCAUCACGAGAAAAUCAGAGAAACGCCCAUUUCUUCGUAAAUGCCACUCUACCACCACUCCUUAUCAAUCUCAUCAUCAACUUCACCUCCAAUCUCGCUCCAUUUCUAUGCCCUCUUCUGAUCCCAAUCUUUCUUCUGCUUCUCCUGUUUCUCUCUCCUCCACUUUCUUCAAACGUCUGCUUGUAUCUGCUAACUGGGUUUUCUUCUAUUUGCUCAGUUUUAUAUGUUUUUCAUCAGUAGCUUAUACAGUAUCAUUGUGGAAGAGGUUGACAGCACUUCAGGGUGAAAUACUUGAGCUCCGCCGCUUUUGUAAAGGAAAUGAUGUUAUUCACAAUAGUGUAAUUGAAAUAUCGCAGUCUAAUGAUGCUAAGUCAUCAUCUGAUAUUAUUAACGUUAGUGGUAAAACUUUUGCUCUCUAUAUCGUGAUCUUCACCAUUCUAAUGCCCUUUCUGGUUUAUAAAUAUCUUGACUAUCUUCCUCGGCUAUUAAAAAGCCUUUCCAAGAGGACAGAGAACUAUAAAGAAGAAGUUCCACCGAAGAAGAUCUUUGCGUAUAUGGUUGAUGUCUGCUUCUCGUUUUAUCCUUAUGCGAAGCUGCUCGCCCUCCUUUUUGCAACCAUAUUUCUUAUAGGCUUCGGGGGCUUGGCGUUGUAUGCUGUGAGUGAUAAUAGUCUUGCAGAGGCUCUUUGGCUGUCUUGGACUUUCGUUGCAGACUCUGGUAAUCAUGCUGACAGGGUGGGGGUUGGUCCAAGAAUUGUCUCUGUGUCUAUUAGUGCUGGAGGUAUGUUGAUAUUUGCCAUGAUGUUGGGGCUUAUUUCUGAUGCUAUUUCUGAGAAGGUGGAUUCACUGCGUAAAGGAAAGAGUGAAGUCAUUGAGAGUAAUCAUGUACUGAUUCUUGGAUGGAGUGACAAAUUGGGUUCACUUUUGAAGCAACUAGCCAUAGCAAAUAAAAGCCUUGGGGGAGGUGUUGUGGUGGUUCUUGCUGAACGAGACAAAGAAGAGAUGGAGAUGGAUAUAGGCAAACUUGAAUUUGAUUUCAUGGGGACAUCUGUAAUUUGUAGAAGUGGCAGUCCUCUUAUACUUGCCGAUUUGAAAAAGGUCUCAGUUUCAAAAGCACGUGCUAUUAUUGUGUUAGCGUCUGAUGAAAAUUCUGAUCAGAGUGAUGCUAGAGCCUUGAGAGUUGUCCUAAGCCUCACUGGAGUUAAGGAAGGAGUAAGGGGUCAUGUUGUCGUUGAGUUAAGUGAUCUUGAUAAUGAACCUUUAGUCAAGCUUGUUGGCAGUGAACUUGUCGAAACAGUGGUAGCACAUGAUGUGAUUGGGCGUUUGAUGAUACAAUGUGCAUUGCAACCUGGACUUGCGCAGAUAUGGGAGAAUAUUUUAGGGUUUGAGAAUGCGGAGUUUUAUAUCAAAAGAUGGCCCCAGCUAAAUGGUAUGUGCUUUGAAGAUGUACUCCUCUCCUUUCCUGACGCUGUGCCUUGUGGAGUCAAAGUUGCAGCUAAGAGUGGAAAGAUCAUCUUGAACCCAGAGGAUGAUUAUAUAAUAAAAGAGGGUGAUGAGAUACUUGUGAUAGCAGAAGAUGAUGACACCUAUGCUCCAGGCACCCUGCCAAAGGUUCGUAGAGGUCUCUGUCCGAUGACACAUGACCCACCUAGGUAUCCAGAAAAGAUAUUGUUUUGUGGGUGGCGUCGAGACAUAGAGGACAUGAUUAUGGUACUGGAGGCACUUUUGGCUCGAGGUUCGGAAUUGUGGAUGUUUAAUGAGGUUCCAGAGAAAGAACGAGAGAGGAAGCUGACUGAUGGUGGGCUUGAUAUACCAAGUCUAAGGAAUAUAAAACUUGUUCAUCGGGUGGGAAAUGCUGUGAUAAGGCGUCAUGUAGAAGCUCUGCCGUUGGAGGCAUUUGAUUCAAUACUGAUUCUUGCAGAUGAGUCUUUGGAGGAUUCAGUUGUACAUUCAGAUUCGAGGUGUCUUGCAACAUUGCUCCUUAUACGAGAUAUUCAAAUUAUGGUUACUGUAAGGUCUGGCUAGGAAGUGGAUCCAUGAAGCGCCUACCUAUUAGUUAUGACUAGUUAUUUUAUCACUUCUGUAUGUUGGAUAAAUGGACUUGAAACUUUUUUGGAUUGUAAAAGUUCUAUUAAUCUGACGUGGGACUUGAAUUCUGAAAGAUGGGAAUUUCAUAAUAUUGUUUUACAGAUUAUGGUUACUGUAAGGUGUGGCUAGGAGGUGGAUCAAUGAAGCGCCUACCUAUUAGUUAUGACUAGUUAUUUGACCACUUCUGUAUGUUAGAUGAAUGGACUUGAAAUUCUUUGGAUCGUGAAGUUCUAUUAAUCUGAUGUGGGACUUCCUUGCACACUCUUCUGGGUAUUUAUGAGAUUGUGCACGCUGCUUAGCGGGUUAAGUAUGCGAAUCAAAAAACUACUUGGUUCAAUUUCUUGCACAUAAUUGGAGCUGGGUUAAUAUGAUUUUUAGUUCUCUGUCUUUAAUUAAGGACUUUAAUCGAUGCUUGAGUUCUUUUAGCAGAAAAAAAAAACAGUAGUCCUAGCAUUUUACGGUAUCAGGAAUUUGUUUAAUCUUGGUAAGCUACCGUAUAUAUUAGUGGUCCAUCUGGUAGGUGGUAAUAAAUUGAGCUAAUGGUAAUGAGUUUUUUUUUUUUUUUUUUUUUUUUGGAAAUGCAAUGUUAAUGAGCUUUAGUGUAAUUUUGAAAGAAAAGUUCUAUGGAAGUGUCCAUGUUAAUAAAGCUACAUCCCUAAACAGAUGUUAUAUGUCAAAAAAAAUUUGCAAACACUCAAGAACGCCUUCCAAAGUCGUUAGGGUAGUAAUUAAACUUUAUGAAGAAGAAGAGAUGUCUGGGGGUGGACAAGCAUUAUCAUGGAUAUUGACAUGGAACUUCUUAAAAUUUUACACUAAAAUUUGUUACAAUUGUUGUCAUUCAUUAACAGUGUCAUAGACUCAUAGAAGUCUAAGGCAUAAAAGACUAACAUAGUCCUAGUUGUCUACUUCAUGAAAUGUUAAUUAGUAUUUAGUAUGCUAUUAUUGUUGAUCAAGUGGUAGUAACUAUGUCAAGAAUCUACUUUGUUAAAUAUUUUGUAAUGAUAAAGUCCUAAUUAUGUUGGGUAAAUAUAUUACGUAAAGAAUAUAGCUUCCUAGCAGGUUUGUACCCUCAUCUUUAUGCCUCCACUACUGCAACUUAUGCUGCGCCCAUCCUCGGUCAGCCUGUGGUGUCCUGCCCUCCCUUUGCCGCCACAGCCUAUGCUGACCUUGCUGCUUAUUACUGUCGUUGCUUUUUUUUUUCUUCUCUCCAAUAUCUUAUUGCACUUCUUACAUUGUGUGUUGGUGGAUCUCUUUGUCCAGUCACAAUAUCCUCUGUCGCGCUAUUGCUACAAGGGUAUGAUAGAAAAUUAGAUUAAUGGUGAAUACGUCAAAUAUUAAUGUUAGUAAUUUUGGAUGUGUGGACAUAAAAGAAAGGAGUGGUUGAGGAAUAAGAUAAUUAGGAAGAAAGUAGGGGUUACAUCUAUCGAGAAUAAGAUGGGAGAUAAUCGUCUAAGGCGAUUUGGGCAUGUAAGACAAAGACCAUUUGAUGUAGUAGUUAGGAAGUUUGAAUACUGGAAAAGUGAUGGGAUUGCAAGGGGUAGAGGAAGACUUUAUAAAACUUGGUUGAGGAUGAUUGAGAAUUAUAUGAAUCUACUUGGCAUUUAUAAGAAAUUGCUUUGGAUAGGCGGAUCAGAGGGAGAAGAUAUAUAUUGAUAGCCCGACUUGACCCUUGUAUUCCUUUUGAUUUUUGUUACUUUAGUCCUUGUGCUUUACAUACUUUUGUCCUUAAAACGUCUCUUUUUGAGAUUUUCUCAAACCUUUCAUCUUUGCUUUUAUUUCUCUUUACCCUGUUUUACAAAACUUUCUCCAAUAGUUUCAUAAUCUAUGAUGGUCCUUCAUGCGAGAUGUGGAUAAAUUGAUUCUACAUAUUCCACUUAGGAAGGAGGGGUGGAAGUGAUUUUAAUCCAUAACCUUUAUGUUAUGUUGGCUCCGAUACCAUGUAAGAGAGCCAACUCAACUAAAAGCUUAAGUUGAUAGUUGAAGCCCCAAGUAAUUUUAGAGCUUGUUUGGUUCACUAUUUCUAAGGUCCAAGAAACGGAAUCAAUUACUGAUACCCUUUCUUCAUGUUUGGUUCAAGCCCUUACCAAUCCAUUACCAUUACUUGGUGGUAAUGGACUCCUCCAAUUUGUUACCUCCUCUCCCCCUCAAGUAAAAAAAUCCAUUAGUUGGUGGUAAUGGUUACCAUUCCAUUUCCAUUCCAUGGCUUGAACCAAACACCCAGCAAAUGUAAUCAUUUUUAUUACCAGUUCCCUUCUUUAUUUGUUUCCAUUCCCUUUUCGUUCCAUAUCUUGAACCAAACAACCCCUUAUACUCUAUCAGUUGGUUUGCUCUAUACACCUCAUUUGUUCUCUUCUUCCUUGUAUUUUCUUUCGUUGCAAUUUCCUCAAUUUGACUUUGGCACUCCUUUUUGUUGACUCGCUUUCAACUUAUUAUUGUAUGUGUGCUGUUUCAUUUGUCAUGGAAAAAAUUUCUUGUGACGGUUAUGUUAGCCGACCCCGAAUUGUUUUGGGGACUAAGACUUAGUUGUUGUUGUACAGAGAAGUAUAGAGUAAAAGGCAUGUUGUUUUAUGUUUAACUAGAUCCAAAUAUCUGAUUGGUGUGCUGCUUUCUCUGCACAUAACAUAGGGCUAUAGGAGAUUAAGGAUCCUAUCAUCAUAAAGAUGAUAUAUGAAUUGAAGUUCUUGAUAGAUUUGUUUGGAACUGACCAACUU